AUAUUGUUAUAUUGUUGUUGUUGUUGUUGUUAAUCUCUUAGAGGGAUGGUGACCUUCUCUUUCUAAAUUCUUUUGAGUAGUGGUAAUACUAGAAAGAAAGUUGGAGGAAUCCCGACUUUUCAUUCCGUUUGAAAACAAGUGGAUUACAAGAUGAUUUUUCAAGGGUUUUUAUAUUGGAAAAAGUCCAUCUUUUCAACUUAAAACAAGCGUGGCGGGGGGGAGACCCCGAGUACAUCCAUUGCCAACCUGCCAAGCAUUGCUUUGGUGGAAACAAAUUAAGGCGAAUUUAAGCCUAGCUUCCAGCCUUUCUCGAUUCCCACCCAAUUUACCAAUCGCCCACUUCCGACCGGGAAGAAGGGGUAGGGGAAUAACAGGCUGGGAAAGAACCGGGGACGCUCUUUGCAGCACUUAAGAGUAGCUCCCGCAACGCCGCUCAAUUUACAGGUAUAGCUCUAUGGCGAAGGAAAUGAAAUCACUUCCGUCGGCAUUUUUAAUGCCUUUUUUUUAACUGGAGGCGGGGGGAGGGGGAUCCACUCUGAAACGUCAAGUGAGGUGAGCGGGACGGAUCGCUUGUAUCCAAAGUAACCAUAGUAUGGUUACCAUACUUUAGGUUCAGAUGUAAGACUAACAGAAACCUUUGUGCGGGUGUCUAAUUGGAAAUCUUCAGAUAUUCAUUCUUGGAAAAUUUCUAAGCAAGACUUUUUUGCAAAAUGGAUGCAGGAUCCACAAGAACAACACCUGAAGCGCUCUUCUCCUUUGGAAUCAUAGCAGACAUUCAAUAUGCUGAUAUAGAGGAUGGCUAUGAUUUCCUGGGAUUCAAUAGGAGAUAUUACAAGCAUAGCCUAUGUUCUCUCCAGAAGGCAAUUGAAGAUUGGAACCGAACUGAGGUUCAGUUUGUAAUACAGCUUGGGGACAUCAUUGAUGGCUUCAAUGCCCAACAUAAGACAUCAGAGAAAGCACUGCAACAAGUUAUGAAGGAAUUUAAGAAACUCAAUGCACCAGUCCAUCACAUAUGGGGCAAUCAUGAAUUGUAUAAUUUCAGCCGGAAUUAUCUUAUGGAAUCUGAACUGAAUACCAAGUACUUAGAAGACCAAAGUUUGUUUAAUAACUUUAUCAGAGAACAGAGCUCCACAGAAAAUCCAACUACAGAAUUCUAUUAUGCAUACCAAUUUUCUCCAAUGCCUAAAUUUCGAUUCAUUCUUCUUGAUGCAUAUGACUUAAGUAUUCUGGGAAGGGAAACAUCAACCAAAAAAUAUAAAGAAUCUCUACAGCUGCUACAAGACAAAAAUCAGAAUGAAAAUCUGAAUAGUCCACUAGGGCUUGCUGAAUGCAAUUUUGUACAGUUCAAUGGUGGAUUUAGUCAAGACCAGCUGGACUGGGUUGAUAAAGUUCUUACCUAUGCUGAUGAGAAUCAAGAAAGAGUUGUGAUUGCAGGACACAUACCCAUCAACCCGGACUGUACAAGCAGUAUUUGCCUGGCUUGGAAUUAUAAAGAUGCCCUUGCUGUCAUUCAUUCACAUCACUCUGUAGUAUGUUUUCUUGGAGGCCAUCUUCAUUAUGGUGGUUACUGUCUAGAUUUUCAUGGAGUCCAUCACCUGACACUUGAAGGGAUUAUAGAAACUCCUCCAGAAAGCAAUGCUUUUGGAACUAUAUAUGUCUAUAAUGACAGACUGGUGUUAAAGGGAAAUGGAAGAAUUCCAGAUAGGGAGAUGUAUUACAAAGAUCAUCCACGCAAGUCUUCAUUUUAAGUACUAUUGUGUUCGUGGGUUAGAAAUUGUUAUUUUUCCAAUUGUUUUUAAUUAAAACACAGUUUUAAUAUCUGAUAGUGAAUAAAACUAUGAGAGACACUGUAUUUUUUUUAAAACAACAAUAACAAAAGGUCCUAUUAAAAUGAAUUUAUCUCAUAGUAUGUUGUAGUAACUAUUUGUCAAAAGUUUACUUUCACAUGUUUCCUCUUUGGAGAAUUACACUAUCAACUUUAAGUCUCACAUGGAAAAUGAAUGGAAGCUCUGUUCGUUGAUUUGAAGAUUGGAAAAUUAAUAUGUUGGAUUGACAUCUGUAAUCUUGGAAUAAAAUAACGUUCUAUUUAAAACA